AUGGAUACCCUCACGUCUCCCACAGCUACCUCGCAACCUCCUACGGGUGGAACAGCUGCUGGUCCAGUGUCACUUGAUUCUACGCUACGAACGACUCCUAUUCACCCCUCUCUACCUUCCAUAAAGGUCCCAGCGACCGCGGUUGCAGGUUCAACUGAGCCGAACACGAAUCCAAUCACACUAAAGCCAUUCACCGACGCAGAGCUCUCUAAGUACGGGUUUGAAAAACUGCGCGCACAAAUUUCUACCCGAAAUGCUGCAACCGAAGCAGGCAAUGGCACAAACCUUGGUGGACGGACGGUUGACGAAGAGGAAGUCAAGAAGCUGAGAGAAGAGACAGCGGCGUUGCUGAAGCACAAACUCGAAGAGCGUGAAAGCAAGAUUCGUGAGAUAGAACGCGAGAUAGAGGAGAAGGAAAAGAUCCGUGAGGUCGAGAGGAAGGUGUUUCGGAAGAAGAUGGGCAACGUCGCUGGAAUCCCAGAAGGAUGA